UCUGUAGGCAGGAGCCAUCGCGCAUGAUCCACUACACGGGCGGCCAGAUCGUGGCGCUGUGCUCCAAGGACCGCGUGGUGCGGCUGGUGGACGUGGUGGCUCAGAAGGAGGUGCUGCCCGCCAUGGUGGGCCACACGGGCAUCGUGCGCGCCGUACUGCUGUGUGAGGAGAGAAACAUGGUCAUCAGCGCUGGAUAUGACCUCAGCAUCAGGUGUUGGAACAUAAAGACAGGUGUGUGCACCGCGCUGCUCCGAGGCCACAUGGGCACCAUCACCUGUCUGGACGUGCACGGGAACCGCCUCGUGUCCGGAGCCAAGGACUGCAAGGUCAAAGUGUGGGACCUUGAGUCGGCGAGGUGUGAGGAGCACCUGGUGUUUAAGCACCAUCACCCCGUGCUGUGUGUCAAGAUCGACAAGGCAUUUGUGCUCAGCAGCUGCGUCGGGGGACUCGUGAAGAUGUGGAGCCUCGAGGGCUCCUUGAUUAAGGUGGUGUCAGAUAAGUGCCCAGUGACGUGUCUGUACUUUGAUGAAUGGCACAUCGUGACGGGUGCAACGGAUGGCCAGGCAAUGGCCUGGAGCACCAACCCGGACUUCAAGAAGUGCCUCAAAGUCUUCAACCACCCUAUGGAGGUGUUGUCGGUGACGUGCCUGUACCUGCGCGUGAUCACGGGCUGCGUGGACGGCUACAUCCGCAUAUUCAACUUCCUAUCCGGCGAGUGCAUCAGGGUCCUGAAAGCCUGCGGCCACAGCAGCCCAGUGCACUCCGUACAUGUGUCUGAAAACAACAUAGUGGUGGACACAGACGACGGGGUGACGCUGCUGCAGUUUGCGCGCGGUCGCUGGGACUACACGUCGUCGAUGGAGCGCGAUGCCAAAGACGGCGCGUCGUCCUCCACCGCCGCCAACGGUGGUCCCGCUGCUCCCUCCGUCAGCAUCCUCAAGCACACCAACGCCUACGUGCGCGCCGAGCGGAUGGCUGUCAUCGGCGCCUCCAACCGCAAGCUCUUCCAGCAUCAGCAUCAGCACCAGCAUCAGCAUCAGCACCAGCACGCACUGCAUUCCCCUAAUCCACUGGAUGAGCCCUCAGCCGAAGCUGCUGUUGGAAGUGGAAGUGGAGGUGGAGGAAGUGGAGUAGGAAGUGGUUCUCUGAUGGCAAUACCUCUCUCCCACAGCUCUCGGUCUGUGUCCGCAAACAGCAUGCAACAUGCCAUGGAGGUCCAACAGGAGUCUGCGCGCAGGGCCAACUGGGCUCAUGUAUACAAGCGUAGCCGGGCUCACAGCGAGCUGCAGGCUGACGUUGUUGCCCUUAGUGGACAGGACACUACGCCUAGAAACACAGGGCGUGAGACGACCCUGAUAAGGGAGGAGCUGAGCCGCAGCGAGUGGACCCUGCUGCGGCGCGUGAGGAAGAGGGCCCCCGCCCCCCACGUGCCCCAGCAAGGGCCCCCCUCCCUGGACCAGAUGCUGCUGUCCCUGGGCAACUCCUCGCAGCUCUGUCCCCUGGCCGAGCCCCUGCGCUCCAACACGGAGCUCAACGCCCGCACUGUGCGCAACGCCUGGGGCUCGCCGCCGCACUCCCGCUCGCCCACCGAACCCAACCGCGGACGGCCCGGACCCGAACCUGAACCCAGCCACAAACAACAUGAAGUCAACCGCAAAAGAUGUGAGCCCAACCAAGAACCCAACAGCAAACGAUCCGGACCCAGACCCGAACAUGAAACGGGCCCAGACCCAACACCUACACCUGCACCCCAGCCCGCCCCGGCGCCUCCAUCAAACCCUCUCUCAACCACUCUGUUAACGCCUCCGUUGGCACCUCCGCCUCGGACCGACGCGAGGCCCAAGAAGACGUCAUCUGCCUCGUCCUCCGCCUCCUCCGUCUCCUCCACGCCACCUCUGGUCGCCCCGCAGCAGUACUUCCAGAAGCUUCCGAAGCCGUCCAGCUACCCGCGCUCCAAGGUGAUAUACACCCCUCUGAGGCAGCUGCCGCUAACCUCCUCCUCCUCCGCUGCCUCGUCCGAACCCGACGCCAACGCAGGACGCAGGACGACGACUAGGAGCCCUGACGAACCGCGUCGGCAGCGAGCGCGCUCUUGUGUGCCCCCUCUGGAAAGGUCAGGGGUCAAGGUGAAGUCCAAGGGUCGAGACCCGCUUCAGAGGCCGCUGAGGAAAAAGAGGCCACAGACCGCCGGACCAACAUGUACCGCAGCCGGCAAGGUCCCCCAGGUGACCUUUGCCCCCAGGUCUCCUGCUACAGGUGACAGCGGCGCCAGCUCCACCACCAUCACCCCCGUCCUCUCACCCCCCAGCCUGUUCACUCGCACUCCUGCCGACGUAUGCCAGACCCCAAUCAAGCAUGUGGAGUUCAAGUCUGCCAAGGCCAGCCCCCAGCGCCUCCACAACCCGCUGGAUCCCUUCCGAGACCACAGCGGCUUCCAGCUCCGCACCCAGGCCCAGCUGGAGGAGUAUGUGCGCGCGCAGACGGAGCGUGGCUGGCAAGAGAACGCCAAGGGCGACAGGGAGGAGAGGUGGCAGUCGCAGUCGCGGAAAAUGACAUUGUGGGGCCUACUGGCGAGAGGGCUGCCCCACCAGCACCUGAGCCAGGAGAGGCAGGUGUACGCGCCAGAGCUGGGGCCCCACGUUUACAUCUGAGACACACACACCCAUUUAUGGACAUGAAGUACAGUCCAUAUUUCUUACAGCUCAACCAAAGACGACCACUUGUUCUGAGUCACCUCUAUUUUUUAUGUUUGCAAAAAAUCCCCCCCAAAUCAACCUGUAAUGGGAAUGUUCUGUAAUAUUUAACUUUUGGGAUAUUUGAAGAAAAAGGCAUAAUAAAUGAAUUGCUAUUUU